AUGUCGUAUUGGAGACUUUGUUUGAUUUUGUCAGCCAUCAUUGCUUGUGCUUACGCUCAAGAAGCUACCACUGACGUCCAAGAUGAAUGUGCCGCAGAGAUCAACCAUGAAUACAAUAUGCCAUUGCGAGUAGGCGCCCUCUUCAUCAUCUUUGGUACCAGUGCUCUUGGUGUCUUCACUCCUAUCAUUAUGCACCGCAUCUCUCCUUAUGACAAGGGAAGCUCCAGAGACUGGAUGCUCACAAUGGGGAAAUUUUUCGGUACUGGUGUCAUUUUGGCAACUGCAUUUGUUCACAUGUUACCAGAGGCAUUGGCAAAUUUUGGUAGCCCAUGUCUUGAUGCCGGGUGGCAAACGUAUGGUGCAUUCGCAGGCGUCUUUUGUAUGAUUUCAUCGUUCGCUCUUCAAUUACUUGAACUAGCUGCAGUGUCCAAUAUCGAAAGAAUUCGUGCUAAAAAGGCAGCCGAGAACAAGUCUCUGGAUCUCGAAAAGACACAGCAAAGUAGCGCAUCCUUGGAAACCAGUUCUACAGACACGACUGCUGGAAACUCGCCCAUUGAACAACAACAAACAACAACAGUGUGUGCUGAUCACGGACAUGAUCAUGUUCACAGCGCCGGUUUAUUCGAGGAAGAAGAAGCAUUCAAGCAUAUUGGCACGCUUAUUCUAGAACUAGGCAUUGUGAUGCACUCAAUCAUUGUUGGCAUCACGUUGGCCAAUACAGGAAAUGACGAAUUCAUCACACUACUGAUUGCUCUUGUCUUUCACCAGUUCUUUGAGGGUGUUGCCUUGGGCACACGUAUCAAUGAUAUGAACAUCAAGGGGUGGAAGCGUCCUGCUUUGAUGGGUGUCUUGUUCAUCAUUAUGACACCCAUUGGAUGUGCUAUUGGUAUUGGUAUCCACGCUUCCUUUAACCCCAAUUCUUCUUCUUCGGUCCUUGCAAGCGCCAUCCUCGAUUCUCUUUCUGCCGGUAUCUUGCUGUACAAUGCCUACAUUUCUCUCAUGAGCCAAGAAAUCAACCAGAAUGCUGAAUUCCGUCAAGCUCCUUUCCUUCGUAAAUUCGUUUGUUUCAUCUCAAUGUACUGUGGUGCUGGUUUAAUGGCUUUACUAGGAAAAUGGGCCUAA